AUGCCAGCAUCCGGAUAUGUUGGGAUGCCAGCAUCCGGAUAUGUUGGGAUGCCAACAUCUGGAUAUUUUGGGAUGCGAGCAUCCCGAUAUGUUGGGAUGCCAGCAUCCGGAUAUUUUGGGAUGCCACCAUCCGGAUAUGUUGGGAUGCCAGCAUCCGGAUAUGUUGGGAUGCCAGCAUCCGGAUAUGUUGGGAUGCCAACAUCUGGAUAUUUUGGGAUGCGAGCAUCCCGAUAUGUUGGGAUGCCAGCAUCUGGAUAUGUUGGGAUGCCAGCAUCCGGAUAUGUUGGGAUGCCAGCAUCCGGAUAUGUUGGGAUGCCAACAUCCGGAUAUGUUGGGAUGCCAGCAUCCCGAUAUACACUUUUUUGA